CAAAGAACUGUCUGUCUGAGGAUCUUGGGCUGUGCAGCGGCUUAAAGGAUUUAAAUAAAACCUCCAGCUUUCAAUCAGAGAUAUGUCGAUAGUUCAAAGUCCGGACUCCUGGGGAGCAACAGGGAAGAGGAGUCAAAGUCAAACUACUCAGGUGCCAUUGACCCCUGAAUUUACCAAGAUGCUGACGAAGAGCAGUCCACGUUUUGGUUCUUUGAGUCAUCACUCAUUCUUCUCCCGGCACAACCCUCAUCCACACAGGGUGAGGCAUAUUCAAGGACUCAAUGGCAGACCCGUUUGCAUGGUGAGAGAUGAUUGGUUUGUCACCUCAUCAUUGUUUCCUCAUCCGCUUCUCAAGAGCCACGGCCUGAGGAAAGCAGCUCACCCAUCUUUUGCUUUUCCGCUUGCUCAGAAUCUCAAUGGAGUCAGUAGUUGCAAAAACAAAUCAGCACUAUUUUCAGAGGCCUGGAGGGAUGAACUUAAAGAAUUUGCUGCAAAAAUCAGUUUGUCUUCUCAAGCACAAAAGGACAAAAAAGAGGACCAACCAGAGGAAGAACUUGUCCGUCGGAAGACCCAAUAUUCAGCUGAAACAGGGAGAAUCAUCCCUCCAUCCUCCACGUCUUACCAGCGCAGAUCCCAUUCCCAGCGCCUCAUUUAUCCUCAGCCCUUCCAUGAUCAAGAACUCAUGGUGUUGGAGCUACUGUGUCAGAUCCUGCAGACUGAUUCCCUGUCUGCAGUCCAACAGUGGCUUCUGCUCGCAGGCCAAAGAGAGAAAGACCUGGUGAUGGGGAUGAUUAAGCAAGCCCUGGAUGGUGUUGACCUCUCUGGCCAUCGUCAGCACAAGUUCCAGCAGCUCCAGGCUUUUCAUCCUGGUGCAUCCCCGUCAGUGCACGGUCCAUCGUUCGACCAGGGGUGGAGGAAACCACGGAGAACGUGCUCAUACAGAAUGAACCGAACUUUCAGUGACGACAAACCAGAACGGAUUGGUGGUGCAGAGGUCCUUGAAGUCCAUGCAGGAGCUCCGGAUCAUCUUCAAGAUCAUCCACUUCAGCACACAGAGAGUGUAUAGAGUUCUCCGAUUUUCAUCACGGUGAUAGCUGUGCUGUGGUUUCGGUAUUAUGAGAAACUGUCGGUUCCCUUGAUUAUUGCUCCCAUGAUAUACCCAUGUCUCAGGUUGUCUAUAGUGUAUUUGCUUCGUAGAUGAUUCUUAGAAAGACAAGCCAAUUUAGUAAGAGGAGUUCACCAGAUUAGUUUUCAUUUGCACUUCAUUAAUACAAUAUACUGUAGAUGUUACAGUGGGAAAUGAUGCUGUGGGUGAUGUUACAUAAUAUGUAUAUCCUACUGAAGGAUCAUGUUUCAUAACUGAGAAAACAAGUGCAGUCUCUUGUUUAAGGAGAAAUAAAAAUUGGAUAUUAUAUUAUAUUGGAUAUAAUAUUUUUUUGUGCAUGCAAAUAUAAAGUUAAA